ACGAUGAUAACAAGACGCCUCCAGCAUGUCGAAACAAUUACACAAAGAGAACGGCGCCCUCUCCAUAUUCCUCUCACUCUUGGCCUUUCCAUGCACUGGAAAAAUAUCAACUUAAUAUUUCUCUUUCUGUUUUUUGUCUCUUGCUGAUCAGAUUCUCCUCAGACUUCGCGAGUGGGCGCACCACAGACCAAUUGGCGCAGGCCCUCAAACAAUCCGAUACGAUCCGAUUCAAUCCCCAGCGAUCCCAAGCAAACCGUUUUGUUCAGAACCGUUAGUCAGUUGGCCGCGUUGCACGGAACAGUCGUUAUACAGCUGACCUCGUCGUUUGGCGGUUUUUAUUACGAUAUUUGUUAUUUGUUCGGGUUAGGUCAUCAGUUUUGGGGGAAUUCGCCUCACAAGCACAAAAAAGUUAUAUUUACCUAGAAGGAAGCUGAGUGGGCCAGACAAUGGAGUGGACGUGGUUUAAGGACUGGUGGCGUCUCAAAAAGCUCCGAUCGCGUCAUCAGCGGCAUAAAAAGAAAGAAGCAGCCGCGGCAGCCGCAGGAGCUGCAGUAACUGCUGCAGCGGUUUUGCCGGGCUCGGAUUGCAAGGUGGAAGGCGUUGGUUCCAAGGAUCCGCAGACAAAUCGGCGUCACAGCUUGGACGCGGUGCCAUCCGAUGGAACUAUAGCCAGACGUCGACGGGGUCGUGGUCGCGAUCGUUUGCGCCGCAAUCGCUUGCUGCAACGCCAGCGACGGAGUCAAAGUGCCGGAGUUAGCAGUCAACCGGGCUCGGAGAACGCGCUCAUUAGAAGCCAGGACGACGACGACGACGAUGGGGAGUACGGACCCUUCAACGUCAGUGAUUACGAGGAUUACGGUCCGAAUCAUGGGAGCGACGAGGAUAGCGAUGACUUCUGCUUCUGCGAUGUCUGUAUGAAUGGCGACACGGACUUUGGGGACAGCAAUGACGGCAUGGACUCCGAUACGAGCACCUCGUCCAGCAACAGCAAGCAGGUGGUCGUUGGCAUCUGUGCGAUGGCCAAGAAGACACAGUCGAAGCCGAUGAAGGAGAUCCUCACACGCCUCGGUGAAUUCGAGUUCAUCAAACUGGUGACGUUCGAGGAGAACGUGAUCUUGCGGGAACCUGUCCAAAAUUGGCCCACUUGCGAUUGCCUGGUCUCGUUCCACUCGAAGGGCUUUCCGCUGGAGAAGGCCAUCGAGUAUGCUCAACUGAGGAAUCCAUUUGUGCUGAAUAACCUGCACAUGCAGUAUGAUAUUCAGGAUAGGAGAAGGGUGUACGCCAUUCUGGAGAAGGAGGGCAUCGAGAUACCGCGCUAUGCCGUCCUCGAUCGUGACUCCCCGGAUCCCAAACAUCAUGAGCUAAUCGAAUCCGAGGACCAUGUCGAAGUCAAUGGUAUCACCUUUAACAAGCCGUUCGUGGAGAAACCCGUCUCGGCAGAGGACCACAAUAUAUACAUCUACUACCCAACAUCGGCGGGCGGCGGAAGUCAACGACUUUUCCGGAAAAUCGGCAGCCGGAGCAGCGUAUAUUCCCCGGAGUCGAGGGUGCGAAAGACGGGAUCGUUUAUCUACGAGGACUUUAUGCCCACCGAUGGCACGGACGUCAAGGUGUACACCGUUGGACCGGACUACGCCCAUGCCGAGGCCCGCAAAAGUCCCGCCCUGGAUGGCAAAGUGGAGCGCGACAGCGAGGGCAAAGAGAUACGCUACCCGGUGAUCCUCAAUCAUUCCGAGAAGCUCAUUUCGAGGAAGGUGUGCCUGGCCUUCAAGCAAACCGUCUGCGGAUUCGAUCUGCUGCGCGCCAACGGGAAGAGCUACGUCUGCGAUGUGAAUGGAUUCAGUUUUGUGAAAAACUCGAACAAGUACUAUGAUGACUGCGCCAAGAUACUGGGCAACAUGAUCCUCAGGGAGCUAACGCCCACGCUGCACAUCCCCUGGUCGGUGCCGUUCCAACUGGACGAUCCACCCAUUGUGCCCACCACAUUUGGCAAGAUGAUGGAGCUGCGCUGCGUGGUGGCCGUAAUCCGACAUGGCGAUCGCACGCCCAAGCAAAAGAUGAAGGUGGAGGUGCGGCAUCCCAAAUUCUUUGAGAUCUUCGAGAAGUACGAUGGCUAUAAGCUGGGCCACGUCAAGCUGAAGCGGCCAAAGCAACUGCAGGAGAUACUGGACAUCGCCCGCUUUUUGCUCAGCGAGAUCCACACGAAGGCCCAUGCCGAGAUCGAGGAGAAGGAGAGCAAGCUGGAGCAGCUGAAGAACGUCCUGGAGAUGUACGGCCACUUCUCGGGCAUAAAUCGCAAGGUUCAGAUGAAGUACCAGCCAAAGGGUCGUCCACGCGGCUCCAGCUCCGAUGACAGUAAGUCCGCUCGGAUUCCCCCAUAUCCAAGUGCCCCGAUUAACAAAAGCGAAGCCAAUCUAGCAGCGGAUCAGCCUGUGGAGCCAUCGCUGGUCCUCAUCCUCAAGUGGGGCGGCGAACUGACGCCAGCCGGUCGCAUCCAGGCGGAGGAACUGGGCCGCAUCUUUCGGUGCAUGUAUCCAGGCGGACAGGGAAGAUCGGAUUACUCGGGCACCCAGGGCUUGGGUCUGCUCAGAUUACACUCUACGUUCCGGCACGACCUGAAGAUCUACGCCUCGGAUGAGGGACGUGUCCAGAUGACGGCGGCCGCCUUUGCCAAGGGUUUGCUGGCCCUGGAAGGCGAACUCACACCCAUUCUCGUACAGAUGGUGAAGAGUGCGAACACGAAUGGACUGCUGGACAAUGAUUGCGACUCCAGCAAAUAUCAGAACCUGGCCAAGGGACGCCUUCACGAGCUAAUGCAGAAUGACCGCGAGUUCUCCAAGGAGGAUCGCGAGCUGAUCAAUCCGUGCAAUAGCAAAUCGAUCACCCAGGCUCUGGACUUUGUGAAGAAUCCGGUGGACUGCUGCCACCAUGUCCAUCAGCUCAUCCGCGAGCUCCUGCACAUCAUCAGCAUCAAGAAGGACGACCCCAAGACCAAGGAUGCCAUCUUGUAUCAUGGCGAGACAUGGGACCUGAUGCGUUGUCGCUGGGAGAAGAUCGAAAAGGAUUUCAGCACCAAGUCAAAGCUGUUUGACAUCUCCAAAAUACCGGAUAUCUACGAUUGCAUCAAGUACGAUCUGCAGCAUAAUCAACAUACGUUGCAGUAUGAUCAGGCGGAGGAGUUGUAUAUCUAUGCGAAGAACCUGGCCGAUAUAGUCAUACCGCAGGAGUAUGGAUUGACGCCGCAAGAGAAACUGGCCAUUGGGCAGGGUAUUUGCUCACCGUUAUUGAGAAAGAUCAAAGGGGAUCUGCAGCGGAAUAUCGACGAGGUGGAGGAUGAGUUCAUGAACCGUUUGAAUCCGCACUACAGCCAUGGCGUGGCCAGUCCUCAGAGGCAUGUCCGUACAAGGCUCUAUUUCACCAGCGAAUCCCAUGUCCAUUCGCUUCUCACAGUUCUACGCUACGGGGGAUUACUCAAUGUGGUCACGGAUGAGCAGUGGCGUCGGGCCAUGGACUACAUUUCGAUGGUAUCAGAGCUCAACUACAUGUCCCAGAUCGUCAUCAUGCUGUACGAGGACCCCACCAAGGAUCCCACAUCCGAAGAACGCUUUCACGUCGAGCUGCACUUCAGUCCGGGCGUAAAUUGUUGUGUGCAGAAGAAUCUGCCGCCGGGUCCGGGCUUUAGGCCGCAUUCGCACGGCGACAACGCCUGCAAUGUGAGUAUGCAGUCAUCGGACGAGUCAAAUCCCGCCAGGAUCGAGGAGGAGAACGACUCGAAUUCUGGAGAGGAGCGGGAGGGCAAGAAGCGAGCGUCCACCGGCCAAAGGAGCUCGGAUCGCAGCGCUGAACGCACCUCGCCUGCCUUUGGAUUCAACAGGCUGGAGCUGCGAUCGAAGCAGUUCAAAUCGAAGCCCAUACCCAUCGGUGCCCACCACACGGUCAGCGGCCAUGAGGCAAUGGAUCUGGCCAAGCGGCUGAACGAGGAGCUGGCCUCUCAGCAGCAGCAGCAACAGCAGAACCAGCAGCUCCGCCCCAUCAGUCCGGAUAUCCGGGCAGUGAGCCCCGACUGCGAGCCACGUUCCCGGAGCUUCGAGCAGCGACCCUCCUCCGGCGUCUGUGCCAAGGAGCCGGUAGUUGGUCCUAAUUGUAAAGAGGUUUCCCAGGCUGUUACUCCUCAAUUUGAGGAUAUUACCGAGGCUCGUACUGCUGAAUUUGCCGAAAUAACCCAUGCUCGAGUAGGCGUGACCAAUAGCUCGGAUGGUGGAGCUUUUCAAAAGGCUGGAAAUCGCACGGCUUUGCAGAUUCGGGUUACGGACAGUUUGUCCUUCUUCAAAAUUGACUCAUCGACGAACGAACUGCCGUUGUCGGACAUUGAUUUCUCGCUCCACCCGGCAACGCCACAAUGCGGUCCGUUGUCGCACAAACGCCUCCAUGUGCUGACCAUGCGGCGCAUGGAGAGCUGUGACGAGGGCGACGAUCUCGAGCAGCUUAGGCACCUGCCGCAGAUCUCGCCGAUGGCCACCAACGAGCGGCCAUUGAGCUCUUGCAAUUGCAGCAGCUCUGCGGUUCAGGCGCACUCGCACUCCAAAAGUCUGAUGGACUUGGGACAGGCGAUUGCUCCGAUUGGUCCAGCAGAAACUGGGCAGGAUUUGGAAACGGGCGGUGAGGCGUCAACUGCGGCGGAGGUGAGUGCCAGCAGUUUCGAUGAUGACUUCCAGUUGUCCAGCUCUGCACCGGCCAUCCUGAUGAGCUCUCACUUUAGCCAAAGGCCUUUGGUGGCCAAUCUUUCGCCUAUGGCGCAUGCCACCACCUCGCCCACAGCCUCGACUUUACGUCUCUGCCAGGAUAUGGACAAGGCUUGGGCUACGGCUUUGGAUUCGGCCUCAUCAUCUGCUCAACGCAAGGCCACCAGUAGCUCCUGUGGUCAGCUGUCCAUGCCAGCCACGGCUCCUGCUGUGACGGAGAAUCCGUUUCGCUUCACCGUUUCAUCAGUGGGUGCGGCAACGGCAUCUAGUGCCUGUUUUGUGAAUUGCUUUGAGCCAAUCGAAGAGCAGGUCACUCCCACCAUGGAGGUGGAUUCACAGCCGCCGCAGCCAGAGCCUCAAGUGGUGUAUAAUUUGCCCACGUUGCUGAUUACAGGCGCAGCCAGUAACACCGAAAUGACGAGCAAAAAGGAAGCCAGUAGAAUGACAAAGACACCAAUAAUUUCAACAAUUUUUGCACCAAUAGAUGGGGAAAUAUCUCAAGAUAUAGCUCUACCAAUAGAUAUAGGAAUACAGACAGCAGAAUGUACAACAAUAGUUACACCAACUCAUAUUACAACAGAUGUAACAAUAGAUACAACAACGGUUACACCAACAGUAACACCAACAGAUACAAUAGGAAAAGCAAUACCAACAGUUACAACCACCGAUAUUUCAAAAGGUAUACAAAAUGUUACACCAAUUACGUCACGAACAGCCAUCCAAACAUCUCCACCAACAUUUACAACAUCCAACUCCAACACCACCACAACAACAACAGCAGCAGCAGCAGCAGCAGCUGAAGCAGCUUUGUUUGAUAAUACAAAAACAAUGUCUUCUAAUCAACCAUUUACUAACCAAUUCCAAUCGAUCGAUCCCACCUCAAACGACGCACCACACCAACAUCAUGAACAUCAUGAACAUCAACAUCAAUACCAACAUCACCAUAAAAACUCAAAAACAACGAUCACCGAUCAACAACAACAACAAAUAUCAUGCACCAUGAAUAACACACUGAACGAAAACACCACCACCGCCACAAAUACAAACACCACUACCACGACCCCGUCUUGUUGUACCACUACCAUCGCCACAGAUAGCCAAGUCUCGGUGUCGGUUUCGGCCUCGGUGUCAUCGGCCAACUCGUCCACGUCGUCGCGUCGCCAAAGACACAGUAUUGCCGGCCAGAUGUCCUAUAUGAAAAUGUUGGGUUUCGGUGGUUUUAGCAAAAAGAUGGCCACCAGCGCGAAUAGCCUUUUCAGCACCGCCGUCAUCAGCGGCAGCUCGUCCGCCCCAAAUCUUCGCGACAUGAUACCGGUCUCGUCAUCCGGAUUUGGCGAUGUGCCACCAAUCCGGCCACUUGAGACGCUGCACAAUGCCCUGUCGCUGCGCAAGUUGGACAGCUUCCUGCAGGACAUGAUCCUGGCGCAGAUCUUUAAGACGCCGACAGGAUCGCCGCCACGUGGCUUUGCCAAGAGCACUUUGCCAGCGGUCUCCUCAAUGACGCUGAACGCCGCCUCCGGCAACGAGGCGCCAGUGGCCGGUCAGCCGGCGAUGCCCAAGCCCGCAACGCCGACCUUUGACCGUCGUGGCAGCGAGUACGGAUCCACGAUCGAUGCCCAUCCGCAGGAGAGCCAGUGCCCCAUUCUGGACGACAGCAACUCCGUGCUGCUGCAAUCGCUGGCGGAAAAGAUGCAGCUUUGGCCGCAGGAUAGUCUCCCGGCAGCUGAGGAGGAGGAAGUAUCCCUACCAGAUUUGGAAAUGAAGCCCAGUUUGGAUCUAACCAUGGAGAUUAUGGAACAGGGGACAACGGCAGCUCCCACGUCAUUUCAGCCAAUGAACCGGGACAGCCUGGAAUCCGGAGAAGGAGCGGUUGGCGGUGGAAUCUUUCUGAGCGUUUGCGAGGAACAGGGCAGCGGCAGCACCUGCCUCACACCAGUGAGCUUCGGCGUUGAUCUGGACCUGAGCAUGGUGGCCAACAAGGGCUCCAUGACGCUGUCUAUGGAUGGUUUUGAGGACGAUGAGGAUGCCACUUUGUCGGCGGCCACCACACCGUCUUUGCCGGCCGACUGUGAGCCACGACUGGAGACCUGCUACUGCUGCCCCAGUCAUGCGGAGGGUCCUCCGGAAGUGGCCAGCGAUGAUCCGCGCUUCGGCUUUGCCCUGCCCGUUCGCGUCACCCAGGCAUCGCCGGAACAUGGGCGUCCCCUGCGCCGUGCUCAUGAUCCCGUCUCGCCAAGGAUCCAGAAACAGAUCAGCUUGUUCGAGGGCACGGCCGCCCAGGCUCAUGCAGUGGGUCAGGAAAAGUGCGAGUCCAGUGGCUCUGUUGGUGCGGGCGGUGCAAUCCUGCAUGCCUCCAUUAACUUGCCGGCGGCAGGUCCGCAACAUCUGCGCCAGGAUGCACGGCUGCGAAAAUUCGAGAACCUCACGCAGUCCACCUCGAACUCAAACUUUCCGUUCGAGAGCAACACUCUGAAGCGGGUGCCCAUGGUGGCCACCGAUGACUAUGCCAACGUGAGCCACACCCAGAGCUGCAUAAAUCUCAAAAGCGACAGCAGCGGAGUCCUCGGGGGAUCGCCGCAGCAUCAGAAAGGAGGAUCCGGUGGAGCAGGUGGAGUUGGUGGUGCAGGUGCAGUCCCGGCGGAGCGGGAGCCACCACGAGCCCACUACGGACGGAUGAUCAACGCCUGCUGCUCGGCCUCGGCAUCGCCGUCGCCCUCGCCGGGGGCCCUCAUUGUCAAGGAGCGGUUCAUCGAACCGCCGAAGCGGGGCGUCGUCCGCGGAUAUCAUGGCAAAACGCAGUCCAUGGACGCCGACUUCCUGUUCAACGAGUUUCUUCUGCUGCCGGCCAUGGCACCCGCCAAACUAUCGUUCGAUAGCACAGAUAUCGAUCGGGCCAGCGAUGACGAGGCAACUAGCACCUCGCAACAGAGGCACUCUUAACUUUCAAACCAACUACAAAUCUAAAAGCACUCGCAUUCUUAAGCCAAGCCAAUCUAACUCUAACUCGUACAAGAUAUCGUUAUUGCGGUUCUUAUCGGAAAAAUCGUUAUCGCUAAAGCGAGAGCUAUCGCAAAGAUCGACUUGCUGUCGGACUCUUUAAUCUUAAUCAAACUGUUUGUUGUUGUUGGGCCAAGAAAAAUAAAAUAAAAGGCUAAUCUCUUAUUUUUGUCCAAAACAA